CCCACACAAUAACCUAAAAAUUCAGAAAAUAUAAAAAUGCCAAUAACUAGAAAUUCUGAGACUGUUUUUAAAUUAUUAAAUGGUAUUGUUUGUGUUUAUAAACCAGCCGAAGUCUCUUUGAAACGAUUAUGUUCACAAAUAAAGACAAAACUAUGCGAAGAAUUGUCCCAAUUAGAAGGUAGACCACGAUUAGCCAAUGUUAUUAUAAAAGGUGAUCCUAGUAAACAAUUAAGCGUACAUGUUGAGUCCAGUUAUAGUGAUCACCCUGCUGUAUUAGGACCAUCGUAUAAACAAGUUGAUUUUAGAUGUAAUCCUGUUUUAAAUUUAGGAUUUAAUACUAGUGGUGUAACAUUAAUUGGUAUCAAUGAUGGGACAAAAACCGCAUAUUAUAUGAAUAAAAAUUAUCGAACGAGAGCGUAUCGUAUCAAAGGUCGUUUUGGUCUAGCAAGUGAUACAUAUUAUAAAGAUGGAAAAUUUGUUGAAAAAUCUACUUUUCGACAUAUUAAAAAAUAUAAUUUAGAUAAUUUACUAGCAUCAAUACAAGCUUCACACCAAAAAAAGAAAUUUGAACUAUGGGGAGUUGAUAUACAAUCACAAGCUGCCUAUGAAUUAGCUGUUUCCGAUUAUGUUAAACCAGAAAUUACAAAAACUCCAUUAUUGUAUGGAAUCAAAUGUGUUGAGUUUAAUUUACCAUAUUUUACAAUUGAAAUUCAUUCGAUAAAUGAAUACGAAAAAUAUUUACAUACAUUAAUUCACGAUAUUGGAAUGAAUAUGAAAUCAACUGCACAUUGUACUGGCGUUCAAUGUAUUCGUCAUAGUUUUUACACAACGGAAAAUGCGUUGUUAAAAAAACAUUGGACAUUACAAAAUGUUUUAGAUAAUAUUCAGAAUAAUCGAAAGAUUUAUUUUGAGAAAACAAAUGCAAUACAAAAUAAUGAACAAAGAAGUAUUGCCCAAUUAUAACGUUUUCUUAUUUGGCGACGAUAUUAAAAUGAUUUAGCAGUGUUGUGUGUUAAAAAUUAAAAGCUUUUAUGGUAAUUAAAUGGUUAAACAACUUAAAAACUUUCUGGUACUUGAUUCUAAAUUAUAUUAUAGAAUUCAAUCAGUAAACAAAGCAGAGCCGACAUAAAUGGUAGCUUUUUCAAAUGUGUUAAUCAUGCGGAAAUCUAGGGAAUUAUUACCACAUUCUAAUCCAAACUGAUACAUCCAGAAGUUAAGGAAUUUCAGGCUGAAGCGAGAAAAAGCGGCUUUUGAGUUCCAGAGUGAAUGGAAAAUUCGUUGUCUAUAUUGUAAAUAAAAAUUCGUUCAUUAAAUUUUAAUUUGUAUUACAUUUUAAUACAUGAAUUAAAUUAUUUA